AUGGGGAAGGAGGUUGUUGUUGCAGAGACUCCCAAAUGCAUCAGCGGAUUGGAGUUUGGCACUCUUUCCGCAGAGGAUAUAGCAGCGCAAUCCGAAGUCGAGAUCCAGACUCGGGACUUGUACGAUUUGGAAAAAGGCCGCAUACCCAAGACGGGCGGUGCCUUGGACCCCCGCAUGGGCACAUCUUCAAAUGCACAGGAAUGUCAAACGUGCCACGGCAACUUGGCUUCUUGCCAAGGUCACUUUGGCCACAUCAAGUUGGCGUUGCCCGUCUUCCACGUGGGCUACUUCAAAGCCAUCAUCACCGUCUUGCAAUGCAUAUGCAAAAACUGCGCCGCCAUCCUCCUAGACGAGAAAGCCAAACGCCAGUUCUUGCUGGAGUUGAGAAAACCCGAUAUCGAUAACUUGAAACGGAUGAAGACGCUUAAAAAGGUCCUGGACCAGUGCAAGAAACAGCGAAGAUGCUUGCUGUGCAAUCACGUCAACGGUGUCGUUAAAAAAGCCGCUAGUGGUGCCGGGCCCGCGGCGUUCAAGAUUGUCCAUGACACGUUUAGAUGGAUCGGCAAGAAAAACACCCCGGAAAAGACCCAAUGGGACCAAGAGCUCGAGGACGUGUUUCGAAGAAACCGAGAUUUGGAGAAAUUCGCCAAGAGGAUAAGCGAAGACUUCAACCCGCUCAAGACUCUCAACUUGUUCAAGCAGAUUACGCCAUCCGAUUGCGAAUUGUUCGGCAUGGAUCCCGCGAGAGGCGGCAGACCGGAAAUGUACAUAUGGAGAUACUUGCCGGCGCCACCCGUGUGCAUACGUCCCUCGGUGGCGAUGGACGCCCAGUCGAACGAAGACGACUUGACUGUCAAGUUGACGGAAAUCGUGUGGACGUCAUCGAUGAUCAAAGCGGGCAUCGUCAAGGGCAUAUCGAUGAACAACUUGAUGGAGCAGUGGGACUACUUGCAGUUGUCCGUGGCCAUGUACAUCAACUCCGACUCGGCCAAUCCAGCAUUGAUGCCCGGUGCAGGCGGCGGUGGUAGUGGUGGUAGUUCCAAAUCAGCCAAGCCAAUCCGAGGAUUCUGCCAAAGAUUGAAAGGGAAACAGGGCCGGUUCAGAGGUAAUUUGUCGGGCAAAAGAGUUGACUUCUCAGGAAGAACAGUUAUAUCACCCGAUCCAAAUCUCAGAAUCGACGAAGUGGCAGUUCCCGACCGAGUAGCCAAAGUCUUGACCUAUCCUGAAAAAUGCACUCGCUACAACAGAAAGAAACUCCAACAGUUGAUCAUCAAUGGUCCCGACCACCACCCGGGGGCCAACUACCUACAAAAGAAAACCGAGCCUGGCAAGAGAAACUUGCGAUUUGGCGAUCGCUUCAGACUAGCAAAGUCAUUGCAACCAGGCGACGUUGUAGAGCGUCACAUUGAAGACGGCGACAUUGUCCUUUUCAACAGACAGCCGUCGUUGCACAGAUUAUCGAUCUUGUCCCACUACGCCAAGAUCCGCCCCUGGAGAACGUUCCGGUUGAACGAGUGCGUGUGCACUCCCUACAAUGCCGAUUUCGACGGCGAUGAAAUGAACUUGCAUGUGCCGCAAACGGAAGAAGCAAGGGCGGAAGCUAUCAAUUUGAUGGGGGUCAAGAACAACUUGUUGACGCCCAAAUCGGGUGAGCCCAUCAUUGCCGCGACCCAGGAUUUCAUCACCGGCUCGUACUUGAUCUCCCACAAGGACACAUUUUUGGAUCGCGCGUCGCUAGUUCAGCUAUUGAGCAUGAUGUCUGAUGCAGAUGUCCAAUUUGAUAUACCACCGCCGGCGAUUUUCAAACCGGUGAUGUUGUGGACCGGCAAACAGGUGUUUUCGUUGUUGAUCAAACCAAACAAGCAAAGCAAGGUCGUCAUCAAUUUAAACGCCAAAAACAAGACAUAUCAUGCACCAGCACCGGGCUUGCCCAGCGAAAUGUCGCCCAAUGAUGGCUUUGUCAUUAUUCGAGGAUCGCAAAUCUUGAGUGGGCUAAUGGACAAGUCCACGCUCGGAGACGGAAAGAAACACUCGGUUUUCUACACCAUUCUACGAGACUAUGGCCCCGUCGAGGCUGCUACUGCCAUGAACAGAAUGGCCAAAUUGUGCGCCAGGUAUUUGGGCAACAGAGGCUUCUCCAUCGGUAUCAACGACGUUACCCCCGCGGACGACUUGAAACAAAAGAAGGAAUUGAUGGUGGAGCAAGCCUAUCUCAAGUGUGACGAGUUGAUUGACUUGUACAACAGGGGCAAAUUGGAAACCCAGCCUGGUUGCAACGAAGAGCAAACAUUGGAAGCUAAAAUCGGUGGUCUUUUGUCCAAAGUCAGAGAAGAAGUAGGUGACGUUUGCAUCAAGGAGUUGGACUCGCUUAAUGCACCAUUGAUUAUGGCCACGUGUGGCUCCAAAGGUUCCACGUUGAACGUUUCCCAAAUGGUGGCCGUUGUGGGCCAGCAAAUCAUCUCGGGCCAUCGUGUCCCCGAUGGAUUCCAAGACCGGUCGCUCCCGCACUUUACCAAAAACUCCAAGACGCCGCAAUCCAAGGGUUUUGUCCGUAACUCCUUUUUCAGUGGUCUUACCCCGCCAGAGUUUCUUUUCCACGCUAUAUCCGGUAGAGAAGGUUUGGUCGAUACCGCAGUUAAAACCGCCGAGACCGGUUACAUGUCGCGUCGUUUGAUGAAGUCGUUAGAGGAUCUCUCUUCGCAAUAUGACAAUACAGUGAGAAACUCCUCCAACGGUAUAGUUCAAUUCACCUACGGGGGUGACGGAUUAGACCCUUACGAUAUGGAAGGAGAUGCCAGACCCGUAAAUUUCAUCAGGCAGUGGGACCACGCUUACAACUUGACCUACAACAUCCACGACCAACCGUUGUUGCCCUAUGAGAUUAUCGCAGUUGUCGAUGAAAUAUUACAUCCUUUGGAGGCGCAAUUGGAUGAAGGUGUCGAUAAACAAGGCAAGACCGAGGAACAAUUGAUUGACCAAAAGGACGCCGAGCGUGAGUUUUACCAAUCGGUGCGUGACUUUAUGGUGAAGAAAGCAGAGACCUUGGCGAGACUAAGAGAAGAACGCGGACUUCGAGCAUACUUUAACAAUUAUCAGUCGGCUGACAUUGAAAACCCCAACCUAAACAAUCAAGACAACAGAGAUCAGCUCACCAAUGCAGUCAAUCAAAUCUUGAAAAUCUCCCACCAAGCCGUGCAAGUUUUCCUCAAGCAAUGUCUCUACAAAUACUCCAGAGCCAAAGUGGAAGCAGGAACAGCCGUUGGUGCAAUUGGUGCGCAAUCCAUUGGUGAGCCCGGUACGCAGAUGACGUUAAAGACGUUCCAUUUCGCUGGUGUUGCCUCGAUGAACGUCACCUUGGGUGUCCCGCGUAUUAAGGAAAUCAUCAAUGCGUCAAAGGCCAUCUCCACGCCCAUCAUCAAUGCCGUCUUGGUCAACGACGAAGACGAAAUCGCAGCGCGUGUCGCCAAGGGCAGAAUCGAAAAGACCUUAUUGAAAGAUGUCGCCUUUUUCAUCGAGGACGUCUACAAGGACAACAUGGCCUACUUGUCCGUCAAGAUCGACUUGGAGACAAUCGACAAGUUGCAGUUGGAGUUGGACAUCAACAACAUUGCCUCGGCCAUUGUGUGUGCUCCCAAGCUCAAGAUUGCCCCCGGCGACGUCUACGUGCACGGCAAGGACCGAAUCAACAUCCUUUGCAAAAUCCAGGAAUCCAAGACCGAGUCACUCAAAGCUACAGCAGAAGAGACGCAAAACGCCUUGUUUUUCCGCAUGCAAUCCCUCAAGCGCGUGGUGCCCGAUAUCUGCAUCAAAGGUUUGCCCUCGAUCUUUCGGGCCGUCAUCAACAUCAAGGACGACGGCAAGAAGGAGCUCUUGGUUGAAGGGUACGGCUUGAAGGAAGUUAUGAACACCGAAGGUAUAGUCGGCACCAAGACCACCACAAACCACAUUCUCGAAGUCAAUGAGGUUCUCGGCAUUGAAGCUGCGCGUCGCUCCAUUGUUAAGGAGAUUGACUACACCAUGAGUAACCACGGUAUGAGCGUCGACCCGCGUCACAUUCAAUUGCUAGGUGACGUUAUGACUUAUAAAGGCGAGGUUUUGGGAAUCACUCGAUUUGGCUUGAGUAAGAUGAGAGACUCCGUCUUGCAAUUGGCCUCGUUUGAAAAGACCACCGACCAUUUAUUCGACGCUGCUUUUUACAUGAAACAGGACAAGAUUGAAGGUGUCAGUGAAUGCAUCAUAUUGGGACAGACUAUGGCUAUCGGUACCGGUGCGUUUAAAUUGGUCAAGAGCAGCAAUUACGAUCAAAAAGUGUUGAGGCGGAAAAAGACCUUGUUUGAAAGCUGUUGCGAGGCGCCAGCAGCAGCAGUAGCAGCUUGA